CAUGAUCAGUUUGAUGCAAAUUUAUACUUUCCUGAUGUAUUAAAUUGUCUCAAAGUAUCCGGUCUACCAAAUCAUAAGUUAGUUUUAAAAAUUGGUAUUCCAGUAAUGUUACUAAGACAUAUUGAUAAGAAAAACGGGUUAUGUAAUGACACAAGACUACAGGUGAUAUCAUUGGGCAAACGUGUUAUCAAGACACAUAUAAUAACUGGAACUAAUAUUGGAAACCAAACUUUUAUUCCAAGAAUGUCUUUAAUUCCAUCAGAAAAAAAAAAUCCCUUCAAAUUCACAAGAAGACAGAUUCCUUUGGCCGUAUGUUUUGUGAUGACUAUUAAUAAAAGUCAAGGACAAUCAUUAUCAAAGGUUGGUUUGUUUCUCAAAGAUCCAGUUUUUUCACAUGGGCAAUUGUAUGUUGCCUUAUCUAGAGUUCAAAGCAGAGGGAAAUUAAAAUUAUUAAUUUUAGAUAAAGAUGGUAGACUCACAAAUAAAACUUCCAAUGUUGUUUAUAAGGAAGUUUUUCACAAUUUAUAA